GGCCGCGGCCCCGCUCCCGGCCCUGCCUCUCCCCGGUAGCGCCAUGGCCGCGGCCCCGGCGGCAGAGGGGGCCCCGGCGGCACCGGACGGCAGCAACAGCAGCGCCGAGUCCUUGGACCGUCUGUACCCGGCGGUGGGCUCCUCCAAGCCGCCCCGAAAGCGGACCACGAGCCAGUGCAAGUCGGAGCCCCCCCUGCUGCGGACCAGCAAGAGGACCAUCUACACGGCCGGCCGGCCGCCCUGGUACAACGAGCACGGCACCCAGUCCAAGGAGGCCUUCGUCAUAGGCCUGGGAGGAGGCAGCGCCUCUGGGAAGACCACGGUGGCCACCAUGAUCAUCGAGGCUCUCGACGUCCCCUGGGUGGUGCUGCUCUCCAUGGACUCCUUCUACAAGGUAUUGACCAAGCAGCAGCAGGAGCAGGCGGCCAGCAACGACUUCAACUUCGACCACCCCGAUGCCUUCGACUUCGACCUCAUCAUCGCCACCCUGAAGAAGCUGAAGCAAGGCAAGAGCGUGAAGAUCCCCAUCUACGACUUCACCACCCACAGCCGGAAGAAGGAAUGGAAAACCCUGUACGGCGCCAACGUGAUUAUUUUUGAAGGCAUCAUGGCGUUCGCGGACAAGGAGCUCCUGAAGCUCCUGGACCUGAAAAUAUUCGUCGACACGGACUCGGACAUCCGCUUGGUGCGCCGCCUGCGCAGGGACAUCAGCGAGCGCGGCCGUGACAUCGAGGGCGUCAUCAAGCAGUACAACAAGUUCGUCAAGCCCGCCUUCGACCAGUACAUCCAGCCCACCAUGCGCCUGGCCGACAUCGUCGUGCCCCGAGGGAGUGGAAACACGGUGGCCAUCGACCUGAUCGUUCAGCACGUCCACAGCCAGCUGGAAGAGCCCUCCUCCCAGACAAAGUCGCUUGCCCAUCCUGCCCAGCCUCCUGGAAGCCAAAUGGCUGUGACCUUCAGCUCAUUACUGCCGCUCUCAAACCGAGAGACCCUCAGCGUGCUGAAGAGCACCCCUCAGGUGAGGGGCAUGCACACCAUCAUCAGAAACAAGGAGACCAGCAGGGACGAGUUCAUUUUCUACUCCAAGAGGCUGAUGCGGUUGCUGAUUGAGCACGCGCUCUCGUUUCUCCCUUUCCAGAGUUGCACAGUCCAGACCCCUCAGGGACAGGACUACGAAGGGAGGACAUACAGUGGGAAGCAAAUCACCGGGGUGUCCAUCCUGCGGGCGGGCGAGACGAUGGAGCCAGCGCUGCGAGCUGUCUGCAAGGACGUGCGCAUCGGGACCAUUCUCAUCCAGACCAACUGCAACACGGGCGAGCCGGAGCUCCACUACCUGCGGCUGCCGAAGGACAUCAGCGAAGACCACGUCAUCCUGAUGGACUGCACGGUCUCCACAGGCGCAGCAGCCAUGAUGGCAGUGCGGGUGCUGCUGGAUCACGAUGUCCCAGAAGACAAGAUCUUCCUCCUCUCCCUGCUUAUGGCAGAGAUGGGUGUCCACUCAGUCGCCUACGCUUUCCCCCGGGUGAAGAUCAUCACCACAGCUGUGGACAAGAAGGUGAAUGACCUUUUCCGGAUAAUCCCUGGCAUUGGGAAUUUUGGCGAUCGGUACUUCGGAACGGACGCUCCUCCUGACUGGAGUGAUGAUGAAGACGCUCUUAGCACUUAGCUGGAUGUGGAGGUGCCUCUGGUGACAGGCAGCUUCAGCACCGCACCUUAACCCCUUCUGUCCAUUGCAAAGAUUUCUCCUUUCUCCUCACCAAGCAUAGAUAUUUUUUUCAAAUCUUACAUUGGAGAUCUAGGGCAUAUUUUUUCAAAGAUACACAAAUCCUAGUUUGACUUUGUGGACAGUUGCGUGUCCCAGCAUAGAGUGGAGUUAAUUUAUUUUAAUUUAAAUAUUUGCCUAUAUAACUUAUUGGAG